UAAGUUCUAUCUUCUCAUGCUACCGUGGGGUUAGAGUGCAGGAGCCUAUAUUCAAUAGUACAAACUGGUUCAUUAUAUUUAGGUUUAAAGGCUGUGACUAUCGUGGAUUGUAGAUGACUUUCAUUUGAAUUGUUGCUGUUUUAUGCAUGUGGACAGGUGGUGCCCCUACAAAAACAGACAAGAGUCCACAGACCCUAAAUUUUGUUGCAGUGCAGAUCACACAUGAUUAACACACCUGGAUGAGUCAGGACAAUGCCUGAAUGAGCCAUUCUAACAACUGUACGAGCCCGACUUCAAGAACACUGACAGCUGCGUCCGUUCCUUCAGAUAUGGAGACCUUGGGCAUCACACACUACAUCCUCAUCGGUGUCUCCACCAUUACCAUCCUUGCUCUCAUUGUACUGGGGAGUCUGUGGUUCAGAAAGUAUCGCUCCUUGGUUCAGAUCAUUCGGGAUUUACGGGGUGCCAGGUCAGUGGUAAACAUCCCCCACCACGACUAUCCUGUCCUCUCACCCAGCACUCUGUCGCCCACGUCCUUCGAGGAGAGCCAGGGAAAGGGAAACUCAGAGCAGACACCACUGCAGAGAAACAAGAAUAAGUCUGUCUCAAGACUGCCAUGGAGGCAAGUGCAACAGAGUCCGAGGUUUAACAAGUCAGACUUGAGCUUGCUGCAGCUUUUAAAGGCAGGCAAGGAGGGCGUGUUCUACAAGGCCAAGAUGAACCGUGGAACCUGCAAAGGGCACGCCAUGUUUACCUGCAAGAUCGCCAAAGAGGGUGUAACCCCUAAGCGCGUGGAAAUGGAAGUGACGAUCAUGAGGAAACUGGUGCACCACAAGAAUGUCCUCCAACUGCUCGACUGGAACUCCACCGAGGAGCCCUAUGUGUUGAUCAUGGAGUAUGUGAGCUAUGGGACCCUGCGUAGCUUCUUGCAGACCCACAAAGAGAGACUGAACUCUGACCCCGAGCUGCAGAGCCUACUCACCAUCACCUCCUAUCACAUUGCGUUAGCCAUGGAGCACCUACGCUCCAAAAUGGUGGUGCACUGUGACCUGGCCCUGAGAAACAUCAUGGUGGGCAAGUUCCCCUGGGAGGUGAAGGUGGCUGAGUUCGGCCUGGCCAGAGACCUGACCCGUAUGAGGAGCCGACACAGCAGCCACGGGAAAACCUCACGGGUGCGUGUACCCUUGCGCUGGUACCCCCCUGAGUACUUUCGAAACCAUUACUAUAGCUUCAAGGGGGACGUGUGGGCCUUUGGCAUAGUGAUGUGGGAGAUGCAGACAUUUGGCACCUUGCCCUACCCAAAUCUGGAGAGUUCAGAGUCGGUGGUGUAUUACAUAUGUGCAGGACACAAGAACACACAGCCUGAUGGCUGUAGGCCAGAAAUACUCCAGAUAAUGCAUGACUGUUGGUUGGAACCCUACACAUCCAGACCCUCCUUCACAGACAUUGUUAGAAUCCUGGAGGACAUUAUUGACAAUGAUUCAGAUUACGUGGAUGUAGAGAACCCAAUACUUUCGUCGGCGACAGAGACUGACAACCACCAAUGUGUGUUGCUGGAAUUGAAUGAAGCAAUUGUUUAACUAAAGGAAACCUUGUCAGAGAGCAGUCAGUAGGCUAAAUUGAUAUGAUGUCUGUCAAAGGCUGUUAAAGAAAAUGCUAUUUGGAUGUAAACGUUGAUUGCCUGCAACUAGAAAUGGUGCCAUUGUCUCCUGUAUUUGAGGAAUUGCGGUUGGUCUAUAGGAAGAAAAUCGAAAUGACAAUGACAGCAGUGUAAACUCCUUCUAACAAUAUUAUUGAGAAACAUCCUAUCUGAAAAUAAAUACAGGAAAUAUUUCACGACCGAAAGCUUAUAUAUAAUGUGUAAAAAAAAGUUGGGUUGUUUAUUUAAUUAAAUAAAUGUACUUAAUGCAUUCAUUUUGAAAUAUUUAAAUGUAUUGUUCACGAUCUUAACAAUAGUUUUGUGUAGCGCGUAGUAUUUAGGUCGUAAAAUAAAUUAUUAAAAUGAGUCUACUUUAGUAAU